UGCUAGUUAUCAAAGCACAAAAGCAGCAGAGAAGAAGUGAAAGGGUAGAAGGACUUUAGGCCAAAGUGGACAUAAAAUAGCGUAGUGAGUUAUGUAUUGCUGCUCAAUGUAUUUGUAGUCGGAACUGAAAACGCUGGCGGCGGGGAAAUGACCGAAACUGGAACGUAAACAAGUGAAAGCUAGCUGACGUUUGAUUUUCUCCCUAAAGUUUACGCUGGUUGGCUAACUGGCUAGCAAGCUACCUCCACGGUGUUGGCCUCUUCAGCUCUGCACGGCCCUGUCUCUCCCUUCGUCCCACGUAUGCCCAGACGUGCCCUAAGAAGAUGGUGUCGUGGAUAAUAGCAAGAUGUGUUGUGCUGCUCUUUGGCACCCUCUUCCCCGCCUACAGCUCCUACAAGGCCGUCAAGACCAAGAACGUCAGGGAAUAUGUGCGCUGGAUGAUGUACUGGAUUGUCUUCGCCCUCUACACCGUACUGGAGACCAUCGCAGACCUCACCGUGUCCUGGUUCCCUCUGUACUAUGAGUUGAAGAUUGCCUUUGUGAUCUGGCUGCUGUCUCCCUACACCAGAGGCGCCAGCCUCAUCUACAGAAAGAUCCUGCACCCGCUGCUCUCCUCCAGAGAAAGGGAGAUUGACGACUACAUUGUGCAGGCCAAAGAGCGUAGCUACGAGACCAUGGUGAACUUCGGCAAGCAGGGCCUAAGUAUAGCCGCAACCGCAGCUGUCUCCGCAGCUGUCAAGGGUCAGGGUGCGAUCACUGAGAAGCUACGGAGCUUCAGCAUGCACGACCUGUCUCAGCUGCAGGGAGACCAGACGGACGCAGCCAACCGCCGUGGACUGCCCUCCCAAGCCGAUGGAGCAGGUGCUCGAUCCUCUGUCAAAGGGCCCCUUACUCGCAGCCAAAGCACCCCAGGAGACUACUACGAGCGGGAUCAGGAUGAGCGUACGGAUGAUGAUGAGUCGGAGCCGGUGUUCUCGGAGGACGAGGCCGUGUCCCAGCGCGGCGUGAGGAGAUCCCAGAGCCACAAGGUCACACGCUCCAAAAUACGCAAGGACGCUCGCUAUGGUUCCCUGCGCAUCAAAACCAAGAAGAGACCUGCACUUAACAGCAUCAACUAUGCACAAUAGGAGCGGCCCCAGAGCAAGACUACUGAUGAUGUGGGCACUCUAGGGACGUUGGGAGUGUCUCUAUGCAAGGCUGUAUGAGAACAUGUGUCUGUGUGUAUGAAAUGUUUUUAGAAUGUGCGGUGUGCAAGCGUACAUAUUUGUGCACAUGUGCGUGUGUACAUAUGUAUGUACAGCAUGUGCAUAUGUGGGGAUAACUGACUGUGUGUGUGCGUGUGCGUGUGCGUGUGCGUGUGGUCCUCAUAGCUACCCAUGUCAGUGUUUUUUCGUGUAAUCCUGUCCUAUAAAUGACAUCUACAGUAGGAGUUCACUGGGUGGCGGGUUCCUCUCUCUCUCUCCUCUCCAUUUCUCCACACCGACAAACAGACAGACAGACACGCCCCCUGUCAAUGCAAUACUAUAAAGUGUGGCUAUUUAUUACUGCUAUUACUUAUUAUUGUCAUCGGUGAGUCUUUGUAUCAUAUUGUUCAGAUGGAGGAUGAUCUCGGGACAGUGAUUUUUAUGUUUAGUAUUUUAAUUUUUUUUAGUAGACUUUUUUGGUGUGUUCUUUUGCUUUUAAGAGUAGGUUUUUAGAUACAAUCAUGCUUCAUGUCUAUUAUUGCUGGAUUGAAAUGGGUACGAUUUUUCUUUCUUUUUUUGUGGUAAUGCAGUAUUUUUUGUUUCUUUUUAGCAUUUUGUCUCUUUGGAUGUGGGUCAGUUUUAAUGUGUGUGUUUCUUGUUUAUUUGCUGUCUCUGUCAAAAUGCUGCCUCACAGGCUACAUAUUUUAUCACUCAAGAAACUUUUUCAAAGGUGGCAAUGUUUCAAGGACAAUCUUAAAGUUCGCUACUUCUAUCGCUGACAAACUUGAAAGAGAAUCAUUUUUUACCAGCUGACCAAAAGUGUCCCUUAAACAACUGCUCCUGUAAGUGAGCCAAAAUACCAAAAUGAGUCCAAGUCACAAUAGCAAAGGGAUUUUUAAUGGUGUGUGUGUGUAUGCCUGUGUGUCUAAUGUAUGAUGCCUCUGAUUGCAAAACUGGCUAGUCCAGGAAAUCCUCAGAUGCCGUUUUGAGAAAAAAAUAUAUUUUUAAAAAGCUAUCCGAGGGGGAAGAGAUAAAAGAAUAAACACUUUUUUUGCACAUUGUUGAGAAGUCA